CCAACUAUACUGGAAGCCUUUUAGCUCUAUUGUGCAGUCAGUAAGUUCUCUUAACUACUUAUACCAGCUUUCUGGCCAAUCAAAACAAGUCGACAGCACCAUCAAAGCAGACGUCAUGACUAUACAACCAAACUCCUACUCCUUGCAGAGAUAAGAUUCUAGUCGUGGAAGACUCCUUUCUUAGCAUUAAAUCCUUUUAAUCUAUAGAACACUCAGAUUUAGCGAUAAUACUACGGAAGAUACAGAAAAAAAAAACAAGUGUAUGUGAACUAUAUUCCAUUUCCCGCCUAAUCUUAUCGAAGAGUAAUAACGCUUAAUCGUUUACAUUCUAAGAGAACGUGGACAUAUAUUGAAAACUAAUCCAUCCAAUUGGACAGUGUUGACCAUUCGGGCUUAAAUGAUAGUAAAUCACUUAACAAAAGAAGAAGUGACUGCAUUAUAAAGUGAACAGUUGUCAUUCUGGUUCGACGUGACUUUGGAAGACGGGGCAUUGGAUUGUUGGAAGAAAACUACUUGAGCCGAACUCAUUGAAAAUUCAUUCUUUGCAGACACUUUGUGAGUUGGGUAAACACUCAAAAAAGAACAACAUCCAUGAUGUCUUGUUAAGGAAACAAAUACAUUGCAUUUGCGGGAAAACAACUGGAAGAACAGCAACGUAUAAAUGCAGAUUUGUUUCGUCAAAGGAUAUAAACACCAACGCCUUGGAAAAACCCUUUUAAGACCAAUCACGAAGUCGCCAGAACCUCAGGGCAAGAUCUACAGAUACUGCGGCUGCGUAAUCGAAAACUAAGCUAUAAGAGUCAGCUAUCAACGGAUAUUUUCGCCACAUAUCAAGACACCCCAACACAGCUGGUUAACUUGAAACAAACAGAAAACAAGACGCUCAGAAACAACUUCAAAUCAAAGACAAAUAAUCUAAGAAGGCAGACGGCAUUGCCUUUGAAGAGCGUUAGAUAACUGUGGUUUUCGUACUGCAACAACAGAUAAAAAACUUUGUGCAAGGCUAAAAAGGCAUCCAGCCAUCGAGAAUUACUGUUAAACGAUACCAGAUAUGGCAAAUGGCACAAAUAACCAGACAGACAAAGACGUCCAUCUGCGCAACUUCGAGCCCUUGUACGGCUACGUUUUUGCCGGUCUCUACAUCGUAGUUAUAAUAAUAUCACUACUUGGUAAUCUUUUAGUGUGUUGCGCAAUAGGAAUGUCGGCCAAACUACGGCGAUCGCCGACCACCACGUUCAUAUUUUGCCUUGCUAUUUCCGAUUUAAUCACUAGCACAGUAGCAAUGCCAUUCGACGCUGAGAUUCUCAUAACCUCAGGAGUGUGGCAUCAUGGGGAAAUCAUGUGCAAGGCGUGGACUGUAGCCUAUCUUCUCACGGUACCGACCUCUAUAUUAACACUACUAGCGCUCAGCGUGGACCGUUAUAAAACAUUGAGUGAUCCUUUGAACAGAUUCAGACGAUCUCGCUUCAUGACCCGCAAGAGGGCGAUCAUUGUUGUCAUGGUGAUAUGGUUGUAUUGCUUUGCAAUAGCAAUUCUGCCAACGGCCAAGAUCAUCAACCAUUUGCCAUUUGUACAUAAGAACGAGUGCUACUUUCCGAUGCCACCUUUAUUCAACAUGGUCAAUGCAUCGGUGAACUUUGUCCUUCCCAUACUAGUCACGUGUUGCAUCUACGUCAAGAUCUACCAGAUCGCGAAACUUCAACCUCUGCAGAAAUUCAGCGGAAGGCCUAGCAGUGGACAAAAUUUGCAGAAAGACUUUCUCAAGAAUGUCCGAGCAGCGAAGACCAUCUCGAUGUUUGUGUGYGUAUUCAUGUUCUGUUGGAUUCCAUAUAGCACGCUAUCCAUCGUGUCGAAUAUGUUAUCUGAUGAAGAUUUUUAUUCCAUUCCACCACACGUCUACCCACCGCUACUUUUGCUGGGAUAUCUGAACUCUGCGCUCAACCCUUUUCUCUUUUCUUUCAGGAACCGUGCGUUCAAAAACUCCUGUGCAAGGAUAUUCACCACCCUAAAGAGAAAACGUUCCUCCAAUUCCCCAACCAGGAGUAUCUCAUCAAGCGCCAAGCGGAGUGAGCUUCCAGAUAUGGACAGCGGUAUUGCAAUUCACAUAUGCUCCGUCAAGAGCUUAAGCCAAGAAACUAUGACCACCCARUCSACUCACCGGAACAAUGGAACUACCAAGMCAGACUUCAAUCAUAUUUGCAGCUCCAAAGACCGCUUAAAUGAUCUUGAYAUUUUGGGCCWGUCMWCUUUGGCUCUGCCCAAAAUAAACUGUUUAGAGACGGACAUGGAAGGUAGUUAUCAUAAUGACAAUACCUACCUUUAACUCAUAAUUACUUGCUGUAUACUUAAGCAAUAAACAACAYGACAUUUUCGUGCAUUUUCGAUUCCGCUGUGUUUCCGCUUUCAUGCCAUUUGGUUUCUUUGGAUGGACUGCAGUUUCAUUACAUUGGUUGAUCAAAGUUGGGCUGAGUGCAAACCUCAUGGAGAAGGACAAGCAUCUAUAGCAAGAGGAGACUUAGCCUCCUCUGCAAGCAGGCCACUUUUUCUGUUUCUUUAUCUAAGUUGCUAAUGCUUUCUAAGAGAGAACAGAACCUUACUUGCGGAAGGGGGAUUGGUUUUCCAGGGGAGGCAACUUCAUAGAAAAGAACCUAUAUUACGCCGUACUGUCCCCCAUUUCACAACAAAUUGUAAUCAUAUAUAUAACCAUUAAAAUAAACAAAUAUGAAAGAAGAUCAGUAAAUUUGUUUACAUUGAUUUAUAAGUACAUUAAUAAAAUCASUGCGCACUG